GUCUUUAGAGGCUACGUUUCAAGAUGGCGGGUGUUGACAAUUGGCGCACAUGUUUGAAUGAUCAGUCGUUUUGUAAACAAUUGCGUGAAAAUAAUGCUAAAGAUUCGGGACAGAAGCGCUGUAGUACAUCAAAAGGUCUCACUGCUAUCCAGGGUGGAGAUCUAUACGUUUGGGACAGUUUUGCAUCCCACCUAAUCUUCUAUAAUCUCAAGAAUCUUCUGCCCGAGUGUGCGGAUCGAGAGAGGAACCAGGCGCAGAUCCUUCUGUGUUCCAAUGCCCCACGGUUCGAAGUUGAAUUCUUGACCUUUAACUCCAGUGGUAGUUUGGUGGCCUUAUGGGGACAAGGUGGAAUCACAGUUCUCGAACUGCCAAAACGCUGGGGGCGGUACGCCGAGCUGGAAGGGGGCAAACCCUCCAUAACCUGCAAGUCCAUUAGUAUCGCCAGUCAUUUCUUUGCGAGUCACAAGGAGGCAGGGCUUCAACAAGUGUUAUGGCAUCCAGGGAGUACGACCGAUACUCACUUGACCUUCCUCACCUCUAAUGGUAUACUCAGUGUCUACAACAUACAGUUCCCUGAUGUGCCAACACAAGUGAUACAUCUCGACAGCAGCGGACAUGAACCGAGCCAGUCAACAAGUUGUAUUUCUGUUGCGACAGCCUUAGGGGAGAAAAGCAUGGGAUUUGAUUUUGGUCCUCCAAUACAGCUGAGUCGGCGGGUUUCCCUCUCUCAGUCAUCCCAGUCCUCACAGACGGACGGCAUCACGGUGUGGCCUGCCUAUGUUGUCAAGGGCAACGGGGACAUGCUGGUGGCCUACACAGACUUGCACAGCAGCAGCCCAGUGAAGCUUGCACCCCAGGGGCCUCUUCUGAUGCACCCUCCAGCUGAAGACAACUACGGUGUGGACGCCUGCUCCGUGUGCUGUUUGGGCGAGGCUCCGACUGUGCUGGUCAUCGCAACAUGUGAGGGCAAACUCCACCACUGUGUUGUCCUGCCCUCCAGUUCACCGGAAUCUCAGGUGGACAAUGAUUGGUCAAUAUCAGCAGGCAGUACUGGUCAGUUUGAGGGAGCCCCUGAUGUGUCGCUCUACGUAUAUGAAAGCGUAGAGUUGGAGAUGACAUUAACCACGGCAGAAAGUGAUACUGAAGAUGAAUUUAGUUGUCCAAUUCGACUGCUGAAAGAUGCGGUUAAUCCUGAUUGGUACCACUGUUCCCAUGUGGCCGGAAUUCACACCGUCAUCCUGCCCUGGAUCAGUAACCUAGAGACCUUCUGUUUUGAUGAUGGAGCCGACUUACAGGACCUCCCAGAACAACAGGAGUGUAUUGUAGAACACCUGAUAUGUACGAAGCCCUUACCGUCCAGUCCUCCGUCCCCCGUACUUGGAGUGGGAGUGGUCCGAGACGCUUCCCUUGGUAUGUCCCUCCUCGUCCUCACCAGCGACAUUGACUUUGUGUCCCUACCUCUGAGCACCAGUACCAAAUAUAAACCCUCCAAGGCGUUGGGGUCCUCUCCACGACUUAUCCAGUCACCAUUGCGGAGUCUAGCACAGGAACCCUUCCAUCAACACAUAGCCAAGAUACUACUGAGGAAGUCUACAAACCCAGUACUCAAGUCGGCCAAAGCAGCCUCCAUGUCAUCACAGGAAUGUUUCCAGCUGUUGUCACGGACAACCCAGGUGUUCCGCGAAGAGUACCUACAGAAACAGGGACUGGCUCAACAGGAGAUCCAGAAAAGGGUGAGGAUCCUUACAGAGCUGAAACAGCAACAGCAGCGAGACAUUGGUGACCUGGAAGUCUCCCGUUCCCAACUCCACGAGUCUGCGCAGGAGCUGGCCAUCCGCUACGAUGACUGUCAGGAAGAGCAUGAGGCCAUUCUCCGCAGAAUUGAGUCAGUGAUGCGGCGGUUACAGGCCCGUAAUCCAGUGUUGUCCGAGGCAGAACGAGGAAUGAAAAAAGAUUUAGAGACUAUGGAGGAACAACUGGAUAACUACCGAAAGAGUCUUCAUCAGCUGAGAACAAAACAUGAAUACCAGACACGACAGAUUAAGAAGAGCCAAGGGGCGGCGGCCAGUCACUCUCUCAAAAACUCACAAGUCUCACAGAUACGUACCGUCCUACAGCAGGAGGGUGAAGAUCUGUCUAACAUGCUGCACAGGAUCAACCAGCUCAAGUUGGACGUAGGAGUGUGACCUUCUCUCUCAACAUCUCGAAAGUCAGGUGAUCAAUCAGUGUGGACACAAGUGGUGACCCAGUUGACCAUCUAGCUGUUGACCAGUCUUUGCAACAGAUGAAAGUUGGAUCAGCAGUGCUGAUAACCAUUGUAGGUGCUAUGAGGGAAAAGUCGGUGUCUGUGGCAAACUGACCAUUGUCCAGCUAGCUGGUACCCUCUGAGCUUGAUGUGAAAUGUGACUGGAUUGUGAUAUGUGGUGUUCCUUCACAGGACAUGCUGACGGUAGCUUUUCAAACAUCAGGCCAAAAGCUGUCACCAUCAUUAUGGGUGCAGUAAAAUAUUUUCACCACCAGGUCAUGACAAUGUUUCUUGUGAUGUCAUAAUGAAUCGUACAAUACUACAUAAAAAAUAUCAAGUUUUUUUUAUAGUGUGUUGUUUCACUGUAUAUCAUUGAUAUAACUAGUUAUUUCUUCACUCUGUCCGACACUGGUUAUAAUUUUUGAUACUACCUUGAUGUUGAGGGAGGGGAUUGGAAGGGCAAUACCUAGGCAGCAAGGGAGGUGAAUGGAAGGGCGAGACCUAGGCUCUGAGGGAGGAGAAUGAAAGGGCAAUAGUUUGGCAGCAAGGGAGGUGAAUGGAAAAGUAAUACCUAGGCAGCAAGGGAGGUAAAUGGAAGGGCGACACCUAAGCUCUUGAGGGAGAAGAAUGGAAGGGCAAUAUAGUUAGGCAGCAAGGAAGGUGAAUGGAAAGGAAGUGUGCACGUGAUGCCUAGGCAUUGAGGGAGGAGAAUGGAAGGGCAGUGAGGGAGAUGAAUGGAAAGAAUUGGGGAGGGAGUAAAACAGAAGAGCAACAUUGUUUUCAAGGCCUGGACUAUAUUGUUUGUUUCUAUUUAUGUAAAACAGGUAAUAUUGUUGACAAACUGAUUUGAAUCUGAUGUUUAUUUUAAUAGAUAGUGAUCAUGUCUUGUUGAUGUGGAAGUAUGUUUUUGAAAUAAAUAAAUUUGAUUGUGAUUUCUGAAACAAAUCUGUAGUUUAUGGUUAAUCUAAAUCUUGUGUCAGAUAAUUUUUUACCAGUAUUCAACAAGAAUUACUUGUAAUUCUAUGUCUUGCCUUUCCUGCUCAGAGUUUUAUGCAAACUCCAAAAUUCACUAAAAUUUCAAUAUUUUCUCAAAAAAAAAAAAAAAA